AGGGUCCUUGGUUUUUGGCAUUUUAGCGACCUUUUUGUUCCCUGACCUUCCAAGACCAGUUCUUUGUUGUUCAUCUCCAUAUAAAACCCUACCUUUCAUUCCAAUUGCAAUCUUGAAUCUUGAAUCAUAGACCUGUUGCUACGAGAUCAGUUUCACCGCUAAUCAAUCAGUAAAAUGUCUCUAGCAGCGAAUUUUCAGGAGGAAGGACAUGCUUUACAUGGUGCUUAUUGGUCCGCAUCCACCGUAAAUAACUGCAGCAACACCAAUAGAAAGAGAAGUAGGAAUAACUAUAAUAAUUGGAAUCACGGCAGUUACUAUGAUUACUGGGCAACAUGUGCGGAGCACAGUGGGAAUUCUAAUUUUUUCAGGGCAGAUCAUGUUAUGUAUGUGAAACUCAAUAAUUCCGUACAAUCAUCUUUGAAGAGGAGGAAGCAUUCAGCUUCUAAUUGGGAAAACUGCUGGAGGUACUAUCUUCCAGCCACUGUUCAUGACAGUAUCUCUUCUACAUCAGCUAGUUGCAAGCUUGAAUGUUCUACAUUUGAAGAUGAAGACUUGGUAUUUCUCUCAAGGGAUGAGAUUGAUAGAUUCUCACCAUCAAGAAAAGAUGGAAUUGAUGCACUUUAUGAGACAAACUUGCGUUACUCUUAUUGUGCUUUCCUUCAGGAUCUUGGAAUGAGGCUUGAGCUGCCUCAAACUACCAUUGGGACAGCCAUGGUUCUGUGCCAUCGUUUUUUUGUUCGGAGAUCACAUGCUUGCCAUGACAGAUUUCUGAUCUCUACUGCCACACUUUUUCUUGCUGCAAAGUCUGAGGACACACCGCGUCCUUUGAACAAUGUUUUACAGGCAUCCAGUGAAAUCUUACACAAGCAUAAUUAUACUUUUUCACCAUAUCUUCCUUUGGAUUGGUUUGAACAAUAUCGUGAACGGAUGCUUGAGGCUGAGACAUUAAUACUGACUACUUUGAACUUUGAACUCAAUGUGCAACAUCCAUAUGCUCCACUUACUUCUAUUCUUACCAAAUUAGGUCUAUCACAGACUGUUUUGGUGAAUUUGGCAUUACAAUUGAUAAGUGAAGGGCUUCGUAGCUCUCUAUGGCUUCAGUUUAAACCCCAUCAUAUUGCUGCUGGUGCUGCGUUUCUUGCAGCCAAGUUUCUGAACAUGGAUCUUGCUGCUUAUCAUAACAUCUGGCACGAGUUUCAGACAACACCAUCCAUUCUUCAAGAUGUCACACGGCAAUUAAUGGAGCUGUUCUGAUUGUAUUAUAACAUGAUCGUAGUAAUUAAUCUUCAUAGUACAGAGUAUAGAUUUCGUAAAUAUUCAAGUCAGGAAAUGGCUCAGAAAUCUAGAGUUGAGAAGAAAACAGAUUCGGGAGCAUAGGCUGUGUUGCCUAGUUACACUUGGCAGUUAGCAGAGUUAUCCCUUUUUUUUUUUUUUUUUUUAAGUUUCCAUUUUAAAACUCGUCCCUGCCUGAGGGGAAUGUACUAAAAUGUUCGAGCAAAACUAAUUUUGAUAUAUACAAAGCAAGAUUUUUAUUGGAGCC